GCUGCUGAGCGGGGCUGUGCCGGCGAGCCCAAGUGUUGGUCAGUGAUGGAGCUGCUGCCAUGACAACCCCUGGAAGUCAGCGUGUGCGCGCGCGAGAGAGGCAGCCGCAGCCGCAGCAGCAGCGGAGGAGAUGCUCCUGGCGAGGAGGGAGAGCCGGAGAGGCAGGCGGCUGCGGCUGCUGCUGACCCUGGCGGCGGCGGCGGCGGCACCAGGCGGCUCCUGCCUGCUCCUCUCGCCAGCAGCCUGCCUGCCUUAAGUGGAGAGAGAGGCAGCCCAGGCGGGUCCCUGCUUUGCCCGCCGCCUCGCUCUCCGCCGGGGCUCGCGAGGAGGACCAGAAGCAGCCGGUGCUGUCCAGAGCAGCAGCCAGGCAGCGGAGCGGGCUGGUCCCCCGGCCUCUUCCCUGUCCUUGGGCGGGAGAGUCUCGCUGCCGAGGGGGGAAGUUUGGGGGACCUGUUUGGUGUGUGCUGCAGCUUUUCAUUUUUAAGAGCCAGAGACGGCGAGAAGUGGGGAGGGGGGGAGGCUCUCUCCAGCAGCGCCCUCCUUUCUCCCUCUUUGGGUGUCCAUCUCUCCUCCCCUCCUAUUUCCUGCCAGAGAGAGUUGCGUUUCCUCCUUCUUGGGUUAUAAACUUUUGAUGCCAGAUCUGCGCCGCGCGUGCCCAGCGGAAUCUUAAAGUGGCAUCUGAAACAGGCGGAGGAGGAGGAGGAAGAAGAAGAAGAAGAAGAAGAAGAAGAAGACCCGUGACCUUCUUCGCCUCUCUCCCUCUUCCCUGCUCUUCUCGCUCCCCUCGCCUCCUGCGCCUGGCACCCGAGGAAUCCUGGGGAGCACUUCUAGACGCGGUUUGGGGAGCUUGGCUUGGAUUUCCUCUGGAGACUCUGCUGCUGAUCUCGCCGCCCUGCCCUGCCCUCCCCUGCCAGGAGCCUCUGUGCAGCCUCCCUCCCCAUCUGCCUUUGCCUGGUGGAAAGUCCCCGCAGCCCAGGAUGGGGGUCGGUGGGUGCUUAGUCCUGCCCUGGCGGUGCCUAGUCGUCCUGUGUCUCAGGCUGCUCUUCCUUGUGCCCGCAGGAGUGCCCGUGCGCAGCGGAGAGGCCACCUUCCCCAAGGCUAUGGACAACGUGACCGUCAAGCAAGGGGAGAGCGCCACCCUCAGGUGUACUGUGGAUGACAGGGUCACGCGAGUUGCCUGGCUGAACCGCAGCACUAUCCUUUAUGCUGGGAAUGACAAGUGGUCAAUAGACGACCGAGUGGUCAUCCUCACAAACACCAAAACCCAGUACAGCAUCAAGAUCCAUAAUGUGGACAUAUAUGACGAAGGCCCUUACACCUGCUCGGUACAGACAGACAAUCAUCCAAAGACGUCACGUGUGCAUCUCAUCGUACAAGUUCCUCCCCAGAUUAUAAACAUCACAUCGGACAUCACUGUCAAUGAAGGGAGCAGUGUAACCCUCUUGUGUUUGGCCUUCGGGAGACCAGAACCGACAGUGACAUGGAAGCAUCUUGCUGGCAAAGAACAGAGAUUUAUAAGUGAAGACGAGUACUUAGAGAUCACAGCGAUCACCAGAGACCAGUCUGGGGAUUACGAGUGCAGUGCUGUCAACGAUGUUGCAGUGCCCGAUAUCCGGAGGGUAAAGGUCACCGUGAACUACCCUCCGUCCAUCUCCAAUGCCAAGAACACAGGCGCCUCUGUCGGCCAGAAGGGGAUCCUGCGGUGUGAAGCCUCCGCGGUCCCUUCAGCAGAAUUUCAGUGGUUUAAAGAAGAAACCAGAUUAGCCAACGGUCUGGAUGGCGUGAGGAUCGAGAACAAAGGGCGGUGGUCCACACUAACCUUCUUUAAUGUCUCGGAAAAGGAUUAUGGGAACUACACCUGUGUGGCCAUCAACAAACUGGGGAACACCAAUGCCAGUAUAAUUCUGUAUGGGCCGGGAGCAGUUCACGACGGCAACAAUGCAGCGUCCAGAGCGAUGGCUUGCGUCUGGCUAUCAAGCACCCUCUUGGCUCAUUUCCUCCUCAAGUUUUGAUAAGAAAAGUGAGGGUCUCUGCAGACAGCACCUGGCUUCUCCCACACCACAGACUUUUAACCAUCCACACUGCUGGGGAUGGGAGGGAGCCUACAACCAGUCCACAGCUUGAAUAUACUGCCGGGGGGGCCAAGGGGAGGGGGAGGGUAAGUAGGUUCCAAGUCAACCACCCACUAGGGAUUGGUCAGUCACGGGCAUUUCCCAAAGCAAGAAUAGUUUUCAUUCCCUUCUCCAACCCCUGAAACCCUAUUUAUAAGUGUCAGCCCCUCAUUCCGCCACCCAGCAUUUCUCGGCUGAGCCUGCCAACACACCCCAGGAAAACGAUGCGUCUUGGUCCGAGAGACGAUGCACAAUGGGAAGUUAAACCGUCAAACAUGUCCUAUUAUCUGUCUCUCUCGAACAAAAGGAUUGUUCUGCUCGUUACUACACUGUACAUACCUGUUCAUGUUUCUCCGUAUCCAGUUAACACUCUGGUUUCGCCUCGCUUUCCGUCUGGGUGGAUGUUUCCGAUGAAGGUGCGUCCUUUCGGUCCAUGCAAUCUGCUCCCCCUCCUGCCCACAUGUGGGUUAUAUUGGAAGCGUAGGAGGUGGGAGCAAUUCUGGACGAAUCAGACAGACGCAGACAAUGCGUUAGGCAACAGGUAGAGUGCGGGAAGGGCACACCUUCUCCCCUCUUAGAAAACUUGAUACCAGAGUGACUCCUCAAUCUGGGUAAAUUGAUAGAAUGGGUGAGUCAUGCAUUUCCCAUUUAUCAGAAUAAUCAUAUUGCUGUUCUGCCCAUUCACUCAUCCAUCUAAUUAUCCAUCCAUCUGCCUUUCUAGCCAUCCAUUUGCAAUAUUUAUCAAUCUAUCAAUGUAAUUAUCCAGGUUUGUUUUUUAAAAAAAAAAAUCCAAAUCUUUCCUCCUCAGCUCCCCAUCCAUUUCCCCACCUAUCCAUCAGUAUAAUCACCUUUAUUGAAUCCCACCUCGACAACUUUUAAAUUUCUCAUUAUUCACUCAUCACCAUUAUCAUCAUCAUCAUCAUCAAAAAUUCUGUGGCAGCCUCUCCUUUGUUGCAGAAUGAGGACAUUUAGGUAGUUCAUGCAGGGUCAGAUGCUUGUGGCACAGAUAAGCAACAAGGCAUACUUAAAAUCAGACGAGAAGAAACACAAAGGCACAACAUUCAGCAGCACUCCACUAACAAUGAUCCUGCUGAAUCAGUGAUUUUAGACCUAUUUUCCCCAAAUGGAGUGAUUUUCCCAUUUCCAAGCAUUGCCUUAAAAAGUAAUCCACUUGAGAUGCUGUGUUUUUACGGAGAGGUAUUCUGCCAUCUAUUCCAGUGUCCCCAGUUUUCUACUGCAUGUAGACAUUCAAAGAGAUUUACUCUCUUUUCCAUUUUGGGACCUCCAAGGAGAGCAGAGUUAUCCAUCCCCUCUCCAGCCCCACUCUGUCCUGCCUUUCCCCUUUGUUCUUUUAGAAACUCAUCCAGUCUGAAUCUGUUGGAGGCCAAUUACUUUGCUAGUGUGUUGAGACGUGAAUCUUGUAUUGGUUUGGCAUCCUCUUCUGAGCAGAGGGUACUUGAGCACCAAGCUAAGUUUCCAAGCAUUUAACAAUGAAUUAAAUAAAGAGGGAAAGAGGAAGGAGAAAAGCAAAAUAGAUUCACAUCAUUUCCUGCAUCUCUGCGGCUCCCGUCCAAGCCUUGCAGAGUGACUGAAGGAGUUUUCAGACACUGUUUUCUAAACCAGAGCAACAAUGCUCAGCUCAACCUUUGAGUCUGAAAAGGUUCUGUUUGGGUCUUUGCCAAGAGUUCCAGCUCAACUCAUUCCUUGCCCAUAAGACAAGGGACACAAGCAACAGAAGAGCUGUUUCUGCCAAAACACCACCGGAAAGAGAGGAUGCUACAGAGGAGCUCUGGUGCCUACAAGGAGAACAGAGAUCUGUUUUCUGUAAUGUCAUGUCUUGGGAAUCCGUUUUGUGGAUUGAAACAAACAAAAAGUACCCAGUAUGGUGGGCCACAACCCGAAGAAGCAACAGGCUGGUGCUCCUAAGUCAAACAGUGCCCUAUCUAGAACCCAAUUCAAGUUGUGCCCCAGGACAAAGUUGGGUGAAUGGAAUGGCUUGGAUAAACCCAUGCCCCCUUGUGAAGAGCAGCCAUGUGGGGAACCCUGUUACCUGUGUCUGAUUUAUGCUGUUUUCUAUGUGAUACAUAAAGGCUAUUUCCUAAAUUGGAAGAGAGGUGAAACAAAUAAGGAACCCGGUACUACGUAUUUGGAUGCUUCCCCCACAGGAGGCUGGUUCCAAGACCAUCAUGCUUAUGCCAAGACUGGGGGUGGGGGGGGGCAACAGCAACCUGAAAAGCAGUAAGGAAGUAUAAUGCUUACUGUACUGAGCUGCUAACAGUCAUGUUUGGGGAGCACUAAAAUGACCUUGUGGAUGACAAGUGACUGGUGUUGAUUCCCAACAGGUCUACAUGGAGUAAAGAUGUGCCAUUCAAGAUGUUUAGAUUAUACAUGUAAAACAUGAAUGAUUAAGAGAGUCUGAUAUUUACUUAUGCGAGACUAUAAAUUUGGGUGGUAUAUUCAUAAAGACGUUCGGACGGUCAGGGCUUUGCUUUUUGAUGAACAAUGAAAGAGAAUCCACCACAACUGCAUUACUAACUGAAUGUACAGACUUUGCUUCCCAUAACUUAUUUUUCUGCACAAAGUGGCCUGUUCCCUUCUAGACCUCAAGAAGAGAAAUCAAACCCUUUUUGAGAGGGAGUGGGCGGGGAGGACAGGAAAUGAUUGGAGCACCCAGCUUCCCAAAAACACUUCACUGCUAUGUCCAUUUUAGAACACCUUUUCCUUCUCAUGCUUUCUGUUAGGGCAGCAAGCAACGACGCUCAACCUCCCCUGUUCAAGGGGGAUCAAGAAUCUAAAGUGGAGGCUACUCUCACAAUCCUUUUGCCGUGAUGAGAGCGGCAUCAUGAAAUGAUGCUUUGGGAUGCUGACUUAAUCUCCACAAGACAUUUGCAACAGUGGGUUCAGUGCAAAAGAGCUUUAUACUACAGCAGGAACUGCUUUGGUGGAUCAGGCCCAGGCCGACCUAGCCCUGCAUUGUUUUCAACAACAUAGCAAGCUGCCAUCCACGAAUCAGACAAUUGGUCCAUACAGCUUAGUAUUGUCCACGCUGACUGGCAACAGCUCUCCAAGGUUUUGGGCAAGAAUCAUUUCCAGCCCUACCUGGAGAUGCUGCCAGGGUUGAACCUGGGACCUUCUGCAUGCAAAGCAGGUACUCUUCCACUAAACUAUGGCCACAUCCCAGUGGCCAGCCAGAUGCCUCUAAGUGUGCUUAGGGGCAUCAGGAAAGGGAUGGUCUUUCCCCAUGUUGUCAGAGAAAAGGGAAAGAGACAUUUGAAAUAUGGUUUAUCUCAACCCCAGCAACUGGUUAAUUAUAUUGGUUUAUUUAAGAGCUGUUCUAGUCUCUUAACACACACUGAUUCUCUCUUCAAAUAUGUUCUUGAUCAACACCGAUCACCAGGCUUGAUCGAACCACAUGCUGUUGGGAGUGAAUGGAAAAUUACAGGAUUAAAUUCAAGGUCUACGUUCAUAAGUAUGCCAUCAAACUUAUUAUCCCCAAAGUAUUAGUGAAUGUAACAUCGGCAUUGGUAGAUGCAAUUUUUUAGUUCCCAGAAACAGGCAAAACACCAAGACGUUGCUUGAAAAUCAUGCUGCAAAACUGCUGAGGGUUCAAAUAUAUGACAUUUUACUGAGCAAUCAGCUCUAGAAAACGACCCCUAGGUAAUUGCACCACACCAGCAUCAUGCUGCUUCUGCAUGCCUACCUUUGGAACCAUGUCUUAGGAGAGUAAGCAAGAGCCAUCAAGAAGGGCUAUACCAAGUGGAAGGCAAGAAAAGCCUCUAGCUAAAAAUAAAGUCCCGCUUGGAGGUUUCCUGCCAAUGAAGGAGGAAAUUCCUUCCGGAAUCACUGCACUGAAGUGCUGGUAAUAAACCAAGUACUGCGUUUGCUUGGUAGCGGUUAAUGUUAAGUGCCUGAUGCGUGAUUGUUUGCAAAUAUUCUCCAAAUACACUGGGGAAAAUGCACUCAGUACUGCAAGAAAUGUUGUGCAUUUAGAGGGUGGGAAUACUCCAUUUGCUGUCCCUCUGGCAUGACGUUUUGCCAGAGGAGCAAGGUAGCAAAUGUGGGCCUCCAUCCAUUUCAAAAAGGGCUUGCCCAAAGCUUCCCAGCCAGCCUCCACUGAAAUGAAUGGUGACUGGUUAAGUUGCACCGCUUUGAUUAUGGAUGGAGAGUUUCACACAGUUACACAAUACUAAAGCCUAUUCACUACGAUGGGACCAUAUGCAAAUAACUAGACACAGGAUUGCAGCUGCUGAUCCCGAAUCCAGAAAAUGCUGUCCACAUUAGCCUCAUUGGAAUCAAUGGGGCAAGUUAGUUACAACUAACACGAGGUUUAGCGAUGUCAGUGUUCUGAAUUGGGGCCUUUGAGUUCAGGGACAUAAGAGGUUUCACACAUGAGGUUGAAGGUCUUCCUUCCAAGUCUUGGUAGUGGAAAUGUAAAACCCACAUUAGCCAGAAAGCCCAUAUGCAUUACAAAGCCCUCCCCACUACUGUUCUCUUCCAAAUAGGCAGUGAGCAGUCAUUAAUGCAAGUGGCACCUGAGGGCAAUUUAAGCCUCAUGUGUGAAAAAAUCCCAAAUUGUGUCUAGGAGUCUUAUGUCCCUGAAAGUCUAGUCCAAGAUGGGAAGAUCUGCACCUUCCAACAUUCUCUGCCCCACAAGAUAGUAGAAACACACAGUGUAUGUACAGACUGAGAAAUGCUUAUGUUCAGAUAACUUGUAAAGUCAAUAUAACACGAAGCCUUUUUAUAAAGGAACACGUGUGGGGUGAGGAUAGGAAGAAUAAGAUAUAUCUUGGAUUGGCUCAGAGUUGUGCCCAACUCCAAAUCACCGAUGAAAAAAGAAGCCAACUCAAAAUGUCAGCAACUAUUAUUUUGCCGUUUAUUGACAAAAUAUUGCCAACUACUGAAAGAGACCACGUUUAUACCUGAUUUGGAUGGAGCAAAUUGUGGCUUUAUCCACACAGAGAGUGAUAAUGUGAGGAGAGAGCAACCACGCUCUGCACAUAUGCCUGACGGUAUAGACUGCAAGUUGCUGUGUUGAUGGUUGCCACAGCCACCCUUUCUGGAAUUAGGGCUGAAAUCCACAGACUGCUCAGAUGAUUCUGCAGAGCAUCCACGGAACAGCACUUCUCACAGAACUGCAGGUGCUCAUUCCAACAUACUAGUUGGUCACACGAAAUAAAUGCAACAGCUUUGCGACAGAGCUGCCCCUCACUUCCUAAACGGGGCACCUGGCCCCUUACCACAGGUCAAUCUGCUCUUUAAAAAAGUGACCUGCAGUAUAUAUUCCAUGCCAGGAUAACAACAGACCCAUCUCUCCCGCCCUGCUUCCACCAACAGCAGGCGUUUUAGAGGCAUUUGCACAUUAGUAGAUUUGGGGAACAAAAAGUAAAACUUAAGUGCAAUUUUUUUUCCAAAGAAAGGGACACUGAAUUUACCUUUGUCAUAGGCAGGUGGUAUAUUUCUACAAGCAUCCUGGCACAAUCUUAUUGAAAAACAAAAGUCCAUUCUACUUUUACUAACCUAUCUGCAGCUUUGAAUGCAUAGAAGAACAUUUUUCAAUUAAGGCUGCAAUCCAAAGCUUCACAAGGUUCCCAUGAGCAUGUGAAGCUCCACAGAGAGUUUCAUGAACAGUAUUGGAGCCACUGCAUGCCCACUGAAGAAUAUAAAUACUCAGUCCUUCCAGUUAAAGGCUUGGUCAUACAAGUUAGUAGACAUAUAUUCACCCUGACCCAGAGCUCCCUGUCCAUUCAUAAGCCAACACAGCUCUCCUGCACAGAUGGGGCUCCCUGUACAAUUCAUAAGGGCUCAUUCUGUGCACUCAAAAAUCCUUGUGGGUCAUCUCCCUUCACUGAAAUGAGCAGGGAAGCCCUCCGUGUCCAUUGGAGCUCCUGCAGCUAGGACAGAUCACUGCACAAAGCAAAAAGGUCAGGUUUUGUUCGAUGUCAUCAAUUAAAAUAGUCAACCAGAUGCAAGGCCAACACAAGUGAAGUUCCUUUCUCAAAACGUAGAAGUCAUAUCUGUGCUCAGAUCUCUACAUUGCUUCAAGGGGAUUCCAUCCACAAAAUGGCACCCAGAUAGCCGGGGCUUCAAGAUGGAAACUCCCCCCCCAGCCCUGACCACACUGCACCACUCACUCAAAGUUAAGGAAACAAAUACAAACCCAGAAAAGAAAAAUUGCCUCCGCUAUUUCCAGCUACUGGGGAGCACUGAAACAAACAAAUCGUUCAAGUUACUUGUGCAAUGUAUAAGUGCAAUUGUAAGGAAACAUGUUGGGUGUAUGAAACAGUUACCUGUCCAUUUCUGAGUCCUUAUCUUUGCUAGACUUAAACAGUUCUUCUCUGACAUAUCAAUGGUGCAGUUCUUCUAGCUGUGUCAAAGCUAUGGGCGUGCACAUUGUUUUCACACAAUUUAUCCUUUAAAAGAAAUAAACAAAAAAAACGUAAAUAAUUUUUCAGUGUUCAAAUGCUUUAAUGAGAAAAAAAAAUCAAAUGGAAGUUUUCAAAGCAUUUUUUCCUUUUAUUCCAUCAGCCUUCUAGAGAUACUCUUUUCAAUUUUAUUUUUUAUUUCUUAAAGCAAACAAAGUCAAGUCUCUCUUGUUUUCCGUCAAUAAUCGUAUUAAAAGGGUGAAUAUACUACCUGAAUUUUGUGCAUGUUACAUUGUAGUUGUAACCUUUUCUAAUUCAGAAAGAAUAAGAGAUGGUUGUGAUUGUGCAGUGUAUCAAUAAAGUUUGAAGAAAUUUGUA